AUGGCGAAGAUUAUCAAUCUUAGUGGGAGGGCGCUGUUGUCGCUACCCGUAGACAUCUGUGAUCAGAAAUCACUUCGAUCACUAGACUGUAAACAUAACCAUCUAUCUUCGCUACCAAAUAAAUUCAGACAAUUAACUAAUCUGAAAGGCUUGUUGCUAGGCAGCAACAUUUUCACUGAGAUUCCUCUAAGUGUCACCAAGAUCACUGGACUUGUCAUGAUUGAUAUCAGUUACAAUCGGCUGACGUCACUUCCGGAAUCGUUUUGCGAUCUUGUUCAAUUGGAAUACUUAGAUGCGAGUUACAACCACAUUCGCCAAUUGCCGCCUCAGUUUGGUUUAAAACUGAAGAAACUGAAGAAGCUUCUUUCUGUAUGGAAAUCCUUUAGAGGACCCGCCACUGGAUAUUUGCAACGAUGGUAUCCGAACGAUACGACAGUACCAGAGAAGCAGAAGUUGUUCAGACAACACCGACGACUCAAUCGCAAUAAUAGGACGGCAUAA